GAGAAGAAAAAAAAAUCAGUCGGCAAUUGGAGCCUGGAAGCGCUGGUUCUCUCCACGCAUCCACGCAACUGAGGAGCAAAAACCCUAGCCGUCUUCCUCUCCCAACCACAGCGACACCAUGGCCGCAUCCAACGGCGGCGGCGGCGGCGGUCCGAUCUCCGCCGAGGCGGCGGCGGCGCUUGGCGAGGGCAUCAGGUUGGUGUUCGGGCGCUGGACGGCGCUGCAGAUGGCGGUGGAGAACCAGUGGGGCGGCCGCGACUCCCGCGCCAAGGCCGACCAGUUCGGCGAGUCCAUCCACUCCUGGUUCUGUCGCUCCAGGGGUCCGCACUAUUUCGAAGACUUGGUGGAUAUGAUGUACGACACAAUAUCUGAUUCUUUCAAUGCUGACUUUGAGGAUAAUAGUGUUGAGGAGGUCGCUGAACAAUUAUUGAUAAUACAUGAAGAGUGCCUGCAAAGCAACUAUUCAUCAGUAGAGAAGUUAAGGAAUUUGCAUGUUCAGGGGAAUGCUGUUUCUCAAAGUAGACAGUUAGCAGCAGAUGACGCCGACAGUGAUAGCUCAGAUGAUGAUGACGAUAUGAUGGAAGAUGAAGCGGCUGUUGCGCCAGUGGAGAUGGUGGUGGACAGACCAAGACCCUCGUGGCCUGCACCUGACGCCGAUGGGUGGACUGUUGUGCCUCCUAGGCAUGGCGGUCGCUCUCGUGGCAGGAAUUAGGCAGAGGGCUGGAAACCUUGCUGCAUAGUACUUGCAUCUUGCUAAGCUGCCGAUUUUGUUACUGAAUGUUGAGUGUUGCAGGUUGAUAGUUACAUGUAUUGCUCGGGAUUUUAUCAGGGAUGUCGAGUGUUUUGCUUGCCACCAGAUUUGUAUUUGACAUGGUAAUUAUAGAUAACAUGUGAUCAAGUCUUGAUGAUUCCGUGCUUA